UAAUUUAAAUCCCAGAAAAAAAAUCAUUUAAAUCCCUGGAAAAAUAGAAAUUAAAGGAUGGGUCGGGAUCCGCCUUGGAAUUCUUUGGGAUUUUCCUGCCUGGUCCUGAGCAGAUCCAGGAUUUCCUUGGCUCAACUGAUCGAGGCCACAACGGCUCCGCCGAAGCCGAAGCCGGAUCCGGUGACGUCGGAGACCGUGGUGAUCUGGGGGCUGCGCCUGUGGCAGGUGGUCGGGAUCUUCGCCCUCUUCGUCCUCUCCAUCAUUAUCACGCUCUGCUGCCUGUUCAAGUGCCGCAUUCCGCGCACUCGGAAGGAGAUCGAGGCUCGCUACGCCCAGCGCAAGGCGGCCAAAUCCUACGCGGAUAAACUGGAGACGGUGCCGCCCCUCGGGGAGCUCACCGACAUUCCCGGAGGAAAUUCCAUUCCCGAAAAUCUCCUCCCUCCCUCGGGCCAAUCCCGAGCUCUGCGCUCGCUGCCGGUGCUGAAGGAAGAGGAUGAGAUGAUUUUCCAAGGAAUUUAGGGAAUUCUCAUUCCCGUCCUCCUCUGGCUUCUCUUUUCCAAGAUUUCCUCGGA